UAGAAAAAUAUCAAAGAUGAGUAACUUUGCAAAGAGAAAACCACAUGCAGUGUUAACUCCAUAUCCAGUUCAAGGCCAUAUCAAUGCAUUGUUGAAACUAGCAAAACUACUUCACUUUAGAGGCUUUCACAUAACCUUUGUAAACACUGAAUACAAUCACAAACGGUUGCUCAAAUCAAAGGGUCCAAAUGCCUUUGAUGGUUUCAAUGAUUUUAACUUUGAGACUAUACCAGAUGGUUUAACUUCAAUGGAAGGUGAUGGUGAUGUUAGUCAAGACUUACGCGCUCUUUGUCGAUCAAUCAUCAAGAACUUUCAUCGCUUUUUUCGUGAACUUUUUGCUAAACUUCACGAUUCUGCAACUGCUGGUCUUAUACCUCCAGUUACUUGCUUUGUUUCCGAUUGCUAUAUGCCAUUUACAGUAGAUGUUGCUGAAGAACAUGCUCUCCCAAUUGUUCUAUUUUCGCCGUGUAGUGCAUGUUUCUUCUUGGCUGGUUUUCAUAUUCCUAAAUUGUUUCAGAAUGGUCUACUACCACUCAAAGAUGAGAGUUAUGAAACAAAUGGAUAUUUGGACACUAUAGUUGACUGGAUUCCAGGUUUGAAAAACUUUAGAUUGAAGCAUCUUCCUACUUUAAUUAGGAUAAAAGAUCCUAAUGAUUUGAUGAUAGAAUUUAUGAUUGAAGUAGGAGAUAAAUGUCACAAAGCUUCUGCUAUUGUUUUCAACACUUCUAAUGAACUUGAGAGUGAUGUUAUGAAUACUCUUAGUUCUAUAUUCCCUUCUCUAUACACAAUUGGUCCGUUCGCUUCGUUUUUAAGUCAAAGUCCGCAAAAUCACUUGGCAUCUUUAGAUUCUAAUCUUUGGAAAGAAGAUACUAAAUGUCUUGAAUGGCUUGAAACAAAAGAAUCAAAAUCUGUUGUUUAUGUAAAUUUUGGCAGCAUCAUAGUUAUGUCUCAAGAGAAAUUAUUAGAGUUUGCUUGGGGUUUAGCCAACAGCAAGAAACCCUUUUUGUGGAUUAUUAGGCCUGAUCUUGUCAUUGGUGGCUCGGUUGUUUUGUCAUCGGAGUUUGUGAAUGAAAUUUCAGAUAGAGGCCUAAUAGCAAGUUGGUGUCCGCAAGAGAAAGUGUUGAACCAUCCUUCAAUUGGCGGAUUCUUGACUCACUGCGGAUGGAACUCAACCACGGAAAGUGUAUGUGCUGGAAUGCCAAUGUUGUGUAGGCCAUUUUUUGCUGAUCAACCACCUAACAGUAGAAUUAUUUGCCAAGAAUGGAAGAUUGGGAUGGAAAUUGAUACCAAUGUAAAGAGAGGGGAGGUAGAGAAACUGAUCAACGAAUUGAUGGUGGGAGAGAAAGGAAAGAAGAUGAGGCAAAGGGCCAUGGAGUUGAAGAAGAAGGCAGAGGAGGAUACAAGAUUUGGUGGUUGUUCAUACAUGAACUUGGAUAAAGUGAUUAAGGAGGUCUUGCUUAAACAAUAUUAGAUUAAUGUGAUCUUUUCUUAUUGGAUUUAUUUCUUUUGCAAGCACAAAUAAUGCAUAAUUUAGAAGUUCUAAUUAUAUCUAAAUGACAAAAAUUAUCAUAGAUGUCAUUUUUGUUGUAUGCACGGAAGAAAUGACAAACACUUAUUUUUGUUGUAAGCAGUUUUAGCAUAAGCGCUUAUGCAUAAGCUAUUUUUAUAACAAAAGAUAAAAUUAA